AAUUGGAAAAUUCAGAAAAUCACUGACGGGAAGCAGUUUUUGCAGGAAAACUCAAGCGCACUUCUGAUUAAACUCAACUUCAGCGCCACCUUUAUGCGCCUGGACAACUGCCUCAGCAGCAAAAUAAAUAUUCACGAAACUGGCCACACCCGGGAAUUCCGUAAGGAAAAGCGCUGAAGAAACGCUGGAAAAACAUUGGGAAAUUGCUUCGGAAGUUCGGAAAAACGAUUGAUGGACUUCCAUGGAUGCAGAAAUUGAUAAGGUGAGUAUUUCCGUGCCCGAGCGUGGUCUUGAUUUUUCGGAAUGCGCCAGGAUGGAUGAUGGAUAGCGCCAAGAUCGAGGAGCAAAAACGAUACGGGUGGCUAUUUUUGUGAGCAGUUCGUUGAAUUCUUUAUAAUUUCUGGAUUGUCGAAAGUGAAAGUGAUUACACGAAGGCACAAGGAUUGGAGGACAAAAAUGGUGCGUGUUUUAACUUCGGUGGUUGAGCCCCGGAAUCAAUGCAAUUGAGCUUCGGUUUCGACCUGUUUUUGUGCUGCGCGACGAACUGGACGAGUAGGAGAUUCUUGUCCAUAACGCUCGCCACCACAUGAAACGGAAGGAAAAAAUCGAUAAACAAUUCACUCGGAUGGAGAAAGGCAGGAGGCAAGAGAACUUCAGGACGCAAUUAACGAGAGAAGUUCUUCGUCUCUGAUGUGAAUUUGCCGUAGGUGUGGUGCGGUGGUUUGCGAUAAUGCAGUGUUUUUUGCAGUUCAAAAUCCGGGGAAAAUGUGAACAAAAUUGCAGUUGCAAGUGCUAAGAAAAAAGAAGAUAUCACCCGUUUGUCUCCGCUUCGCUUCUCCGUGAGCAGGGGCGAGCCAUCGAGUGAAUUGCAAAGAACAAAAAGUAUCCUGGUCCGAGUCGUAGGCGUAUUCAAAACAUGAAGAAGUAUCAGGGGAUCCAACUUUUCCUUUUCAUUGCUAAUUUAAGCAUAUCAUUCUGCGUGGAAGUCCACUUUGAAACACCGGACAGCGGAUUUUUUCUCAAACAUUCUCCGCGACAAAACGCUUUAACAUCAGCAUCAUCCUCAUCAUCAGCAUUAAGCAACAAAGCACGAUUCAGUGGCAGUGGAUCCGUCCUGUCGACUGAUCGUUUCACGGUGGUACAAACUAGCCAACCUGUAUCUAUUCGUGCCAGUUACGGUCCGUUUUCGACCAAACAAACUGUACCGGCACGAUAUAUAGUACCUGACGUUCUGGAUUCAGCCAUUACCGACUCUGGCUCUCAGAAUGCAACAGCAGCGCUCAUAGAUCUACAGCAAUCUAAUCUUCAUUUGGACAUUUCUGCACACGUGGUUAAAAAUGUAAUUGCUCGUGAUUCACCUGUGUUACGCGUCUUGUUUCACGCGGGUGCUGAUCCAGGUGGUCAUGUGCAGCGCCAAAAAAUAUGCGUUCUUCUUCACGCGUCAUCGACUAAUAGAGUGCCAUUGAAGGGACGAUGUAUGCCAGAAGGCGAAGAUGGAGUGUGUGUCGCAGAGGUAAUCAUUCCUGCAAACUGGUGGCCUCCACUUCCCGCGCCGGAAAGAGAUGGGCAUUCUAAUGGAAAUCCACCGAAAAGCCCUCAGCGUAUCGUGCAAGUAUCGUAUAGCGUUUUUGAACCCCCGGCUCGCAGUCCAGAACAUUGUGAACCAAAGGUACAGAUUCAACCGCUCACGCCAUUUGCCAGAAUCCCGCUCGUUCAGUCGCAACUACCAUAUAAAGAACUGCGAGCCGACGAUACAUUGACUAUGAUGAUUCCCCAACAACCUCUGUAUCCAAUGUCAAAAAUUCAUGUUCCGGUUUUUUUGCAUCCUGAGCCAGAACAAAAUAUCGCAGUAUUUAUUGUGAGGGCUCGCGUUAAAGCAGGAAUGCGAAUACUUGGUGCCACGGCGUCCUCUGAUGAAUGGAAUGUUUCGGUUGAAAAAGAAAACACAAAGCAUACUGUAGCACGUGUUACAGCUUUCCGUAAAGACCAAGAUCCCGACAGUCCCGCAGAAACAAACCGAGCUGGUUCAAGCGCAUUUGAAAAUCGUGUUUUGGAAAUCUUCUCGUGGAUGCUCGAAGUGGCAAACGAUACCAAGGAACACUGGGACGGUGGUAGAAUUAUAUGGUCCGUGAGUUAUGUGCAUGAUGGACCUAAGUCAAAAGAUCUCUCUUCGGAAUUAGCAGUAGCUUCAAGCACAGCGACGCAUGAGGAAGGGCGGAAAAAGAUAGUGGCAAAAAUUGAGAUACAAAAGGAUGAUAUACAAGCUGUGCUGCCCAUAGCCAAGAAUUGGGAACUUAUGAAUACUGCAGUUUUAACUGGACGGCAGGUUUCUCAGGCGAUGAAGGUAUUUAUUGUUUCUCAAGCCGGCAAGGUAGCAGAUGUUACUUUACAGAGCUCCUGCACAGCAGAAGACGAGAGUGUGAUUAAGGUAUCUUCGUCCUGCAGUUCUGUCUACGUAGACGGGUCAGAGGUAGGCGGCUCAUCGAAUGCGUCUGUUUUGGUUAAAUACGGCACAUAUACAGGUCUUGCGAGGUUUACUGUAUGGAUGCCCGAAUUUCCACUUGAAGUUUCUGUUGCUGAUUUCCGAUUAUCACAGAUCAAAGGUUGGAAAAUUCCCGAGGAUCAGAGCACAAUGAAUGCAAAAGGCAAACUACGCAAGAAGCGUGCCUAUGGUAGCGGCUGGGAUAACCAUGGAAGUGACUAUGUCAACGGUGUGUCCUCAGAUCGUAGUGUUUGUCGUGCUAGAUACCAACAGAGCCCCGUGGAGGUCUACGCACGAUUCCUAGCAGUUGAUCAAGAUUCUGGGCGAGUUAGUUAUUUAAUUUCAAGACGAACUGGUCUUCGAGUUACAGAUCUUGUUCAACCGUUGCUUCGUGUCGCUGAUCCAAAGAUUGCAACACUUCGGGGUCGCACCUUGCAAGGACGAGCGAUGGGUCGCACCGAUGUUCAAGUUCUUUCUCCAAUAACUGGGCGAGUUAUAGGAGCCCGAGAAGUUAGAGUUGGCAGUGAUAAAGUCACUAUCACAAGACUACAAGUAAAAGUAGUCUCUGGAUUGCAGCUAUCGAUUACUAAUGAUGCUACUAUUGAAAAUGGUUACAUUGCGGAAACAUCCGUGACCCGAAAAUUAACAGCCCAGUAUCAAGAGGGACUGCUAGAUAUUGAUCUAGAAUUUUCAGACGGAUCACGAACUCCGCUAAGGGACAUUUCCGUGGAUGAUUACUUUUUGCUAGUAGAAAGUUUGGACACCGAAGUCGUUGCUUUUGCUCCAAUGCUUGCUUCACAUCAUCCACGCGUGAUUGCGGUUGGUGAGGGUAAUGGAGAGUUGCUUCGUGUAACUUUACUGCUCUCAGAAGAAUGCCGUUUGCGACGAAAUUUACCUAUAUCCAAACAGGGUAUAAAGGGAUCAUUUGGCCCUCUUGUAAGUGCUCUCGCAAUGGUGCAUGUUGACUUCAGUGGAACGGAGAUUAGCACUCGCCCAGACACAGUUCAGAAUGACGGUAUUGUUGGAAGAGAUCGUAGUAAAUCUGGACGUGAACUUAGCGACUUGGAAGAUAUUUUAAUAGGAAUACCGUUGAAGGAUGAUAAUGGGCAUGCAAUGGAAGCUGCAGUUCAACCUUCCAGGCAGCACCAUCACGAUAGCGCUAUUGUCACUGGCGAUCAUUCUGGGAAAGUAGGAAGUUUUACUUCAAACAAGAGUAUGGUUCAUGCUGAUGCGGCCACUCUUGAAAUUGGAAUGUAUAUUGUGCUAACAGCGUUUUGCCUAGCGAUUGCUGUGUUUGUGGUGUCCUGCGUAGUAUAUGCUUCGAAAUAUCGACCGGUAACAAUCGACGUAAACGGUGAAGCUAGCGUACGUGACGGCAUGGGUAACAGUAUUUUAGAUGCUGUUAAGGGAUCCGAAUCAUAUGCCACAAAUGCUCACGAUUGGGUUUGGCUAGGCCGUGCUACGAUGGAUCGAUGUAAUGUAGAAGCAGGAUCAGAUACCGUUGGUAAUUUUAGAGAUUCGCGAAUGCAUAUUUUUAGCAAUCCCAUGAAUCCUAAGUACGGAGAUGCGGACGAAAGCAUAAUACAAAUCAAUAGCUUUGAUAACCCAAAUCAUAUACAACUGCCAUCAUCUACUGCUAUACCAUCACAUAACAGUCGUUUGGGAAAUGUUGGGUGUGUUAAAAAUGAAAUCAACUCACCGAUUAAUUCUUCCACUUACAACAAACGGAAUCGUUGCCAUGAUGUUAUAGUUGAAGAAGUACCUCCACCACCUCCUCAUGCUAAGGUAACAGAUGCAUCAGAUUAUCGCCCGCCAGUCCCUCCGCACAGGAGCAUGGCUAGUGGAUCUAGACAAGCCCCGGUCGAAACUCACAUUUUGGUAGAAACUCCUAAGCAGAACCUGAAUCGACACUCUCGGAAUAGUGUUACGGGACCAGGAGUAGGAGGUUGCUCAGCUACAAAUCCAGCAUUCGAGAUACAACUCCAAAAAGCCCUAUGUGCACAGCAACAUAAUGGCGGUCAUUUGCAGAAACACAAAAAUACAGGACACUCCAUUAACGUACAACAAAAAUAUUGGCAACAGCCAAAGCAAAUGGCGGGCAGGCGGGCUACAAAUCGAUCAUCAAACAUUUUUGAGGAUUUGGGGAUUUCGAUUGUCGCUAAAUCCAACGAUCCGAUUGACAAUUCAAGAGUACAAAGAAGACUCCCGACAGAUUUGCACAUGGCAGAACGCCUAGUAGAGCAGCAUAACGCCCAACAGAUUGCAUUUAAAUUUGAUACAAUCAAUCCCCAAAAGCAUCAUUUAACGUUAGAGGAGCAAAGCCGAUCACAAGUCGAUCGCGCGCACUCAUCGAAUAAAGAUGAUACUACUACCGGGCCCCAACACCCAACCCAACAGCUAAUAGGAGGUGAAUUCAGUAACAUUCCAAAAAACUGUCCAAAUGGAGAGCCCAGCAACUGCACUGCUAAUCCAGAAUGCUGCGAUAUAAACGACACUGAAAAUGUGCUUGUAAAACCGUUACACAAACAUACCAAGAAUCAACCCAUUGCAAUGAAAGGUGUGUCGGACACUAUUGAGGAAAUAAGCUUUGCAACAGCUCUAAGUUCUCAGACUGAGCGUAAGAUAAAUAGAAAACCAGCAGUGGUCGGAAAUCCAAUGUUUUCAACCACACCGGAUAGUGAAGUUGGCCCAGGGGAAAGCCUAGGAUUGGAUGACCUCGAUAUGGACUAUGAACAAAUCAUGCAUUACUUCGAUAAUUUAAAGCGUUGAUUUCUAUCCACAGGAGUCGAAUGCCUGAGUGCAGGAGAUCAUUGCAAAGAUUCGCGAAAUUCUAUCAACGUUUCAUCAACAAUACAGGAGCGUAACAAAAUCUCCAAUAGACAGUCCAUCAUUUAUUCCUGCCAUCAACGAUCCUAAUUUUGAACAGUUCUUUGAACACUUAAGUGAAUCCUACGCAUAGGACAGCUAAGGCUAUCAAAAUCAGCGUCCGUGAAACAUUUUAUGUUUAUAUCUAUUUUAUGCUUUACCUGAGAUUGAGCUUUUAGGUUAAACAUAUGAUUCUCUUAAUUUUAUCUUACUUAUAUUUAUCGUGUGCCAUAUCACCUAUUAUGGUUUCUACACAACGGUAUUCUUCACGUCUACAAAAUAAACCAGUGCCAGCUUUUAAUUUAAUUAUUAACGAGGAUUAUUAACACAUACUGUUAGUGUGGCAUAUGUAACAUAAUCGGUUAUUGCUUAAUCUGAACACAACAUACGUUAUUGGCGGAAUAGGGCAUGUAUUAAUUUGUGAUCUCACAUUAUUUGUUUUUUAAUUGCUAUAGUUUAAUGCUCACUUACUUUACACUAUGUUUUGAAGUUAAAUAAUUUUAGCUGAUCUAGCUAAACACAAAUCAAACUGACUACUGAUCAAUCAUUGUUAUUCAGUCUAAUGUUUCAAUGUAUAGUGUGAUUUGGUCCUAUAUCCUACGACAAUGUUGAUGGUGAUGAUGCUGAUAGUUGAAAUUAAGACGGAAAAAAUGUUUGAUAUAAGCGACUUUGCAGUGAUCGGUAAAAGAAGGUUCAUAAUGUUGAUAACAAAACAUGGUUAUGAAGAUAAACAUCUGGUUCAGUCUUGCAUUAUAUGCAUUAUGCAAUUAUAAAUCCUACUGCAAUGUAAAAAACAUAGAUAUUCCAAAUCAAAACAUCCUUUCUUAUUUAAUAUUCAUGCAUCACGUUUGAUCCAUUAUUUACUUUAAAAGAAAACACGUUCAUGAAAAAACUACUCAAACGUAAGCUUUUUUUCGGCAAAAGGAUAUAAUUGUUUCAAUUUGAUUUCUGAAUUAAACUGUAUUACAUAUAUUACUCAGUAUCUAGUCAAACUAUUAAAAUAAUGAUAAUGAUAAGAGACUUUUUAAAAUAUUAUGAACCGUCGAAAGAUCGAAUAAUGAAAUGAAAUCUAUCGAUUCUCUAAAAGAAUGCAUGGAAAAUAGAAACAAAUUGGAAAUACUAACGAAAAAAUAGGGGAGAAAAAAUACAUAACUGCGGUUAAGUAUAAGAGCUAAAUAUUGUGAAAUAUAAAUUAUAAUACGAAAUAAUUAUUUGUCGCAAGUGCAGUUUGUGAAGUAUAAAAACUGCAUACGGUAAUAGUUGCUGUUACGAUUUUGAUUUGUUUAUCUCUAGUUUAUCGUUAGGCAAUGUGGUUUUGCAACGUGUGUGCAGACUGCAUUGCGCACUAACCUAACUACUCAGGAAGAAUAGGAGAGAACGCCUAUCUUGAGUACCAUAAAGCAUGUUUCAGCCUAACAUUUUAAAAGGGGAAAAUAAUUUAAAGAAAAAUGUUAGGAUUAUUAAUGUGUAAGCAUUUCAGCUUAUUUCCAGUUUCAACGAAACAAUAUGUAUUAAAAAUUUCAUUUUUGAAAUAGCUAUGUUUUAAUUUAUAACCUACUGCAUAGUCAUCAAUGCAUGAUCGAAGAGCCAUAUUUCGUUUUGACGUAACAGCCACUAAAUAACAUCAAUCUAGAUGUUUCGUUUCAACAUUGAAUUUACUUUUCAACUUUUGCUGUUCUAAGUUACUCAUAUUUUCAUAGCGUGCGUCUUUUAGUUCCCUAGAAUUAGUUCUCAUUCCUUCACGUUGAAAGUAAUAUAAUACUCAGCUUAGACAAUUGUGUUACUAAAGAAGAUUUUUAUGAACAAAGUACAAUUUGGCCGUUUUCUUUUGUGUAAGCAGUUACACUUUAUGAAUUCAAUUAAUCCGUAUGUAAGCAAGAUGUGGGAAAGAAAGUUGCACCAUACAAUGCAACAUAUUUAAACAUGCAUAGAACUACUUUAGAGUGCUCACCUACUCUCUUUUAUGCACUCAGUAUCUAUAAAAGAUAAUGGAAAACAAAGAAUAUAACAAAAACAGAGUAACACAUGACACCCAAGAUUAAUAAGUUUUUUUCCUCUUUUACGUGAGAGUUCUCAUUUUUUGUGUGCAAAUUGGUUGAAAAAUUAGAGUCAUAAUAUCAAACUUCUUGAAAUUUUUAGCAAAUGAAAACAGAAUAAUUUAUUGAAUCGCCAAGAAAUUUUUAAAAGAGAUGAUCCUUUUUAACCUACAGGUUUUUUUUUCGGGUAUGGGGUGGUCAUACCGCAGAUCUGUUGAAAACCAUGUAAAACCUUAUGUAGAAAAUGUAAAUAUUGCCACAAAUGCAUCGUGUAUAAUAUAAAGUAUCAAUCGAUGUUGUCUACGAAUUUCACAUAUUUGUUACGGCUAUAAACAGGCGUCAUUAUACAA